AUGCUGCGAAGAGCAAAGAGACUACAGCCAAUCUUUGAUCAGUUCUGCUCGCAAAAUGGGCAUGAUCACUUGAUGCUUGACCAAGAAGAAUGGCGCCAGAUUGAGUAUCUUCUUUGGAUUACUCAACCAUUCUUUAAAUUCACUACCGCGCUUUCUCAAACGAAAGAUGUGACCUUCCAUGUCAUCUUCAGUAUCUACAAUAAACUUUUUGAUCAUCUUGAAGCAUCAAUCCGUCGGCUUCAGCGGAAGAAAGUAGCCUGGAAGAAGCUUAUGCUUAGUGCUCUACAUGCAGCAAAGGAGAAGCUAUCUGUCUACUAUAGGGAAACAGAUAAGGUCCAUGGUGAUCUGUUUGCAAUUGGGACAAUCCUUGCACCGCAAAACAAGCUUCAGUUCUUUAAUAAUAAGGAUUGGGGUCCUGAAUUACGUGAUCAAUAUCGCAAAAGCUUUGAAACCUAUGCAGAACCUUCUUUGGGUGUUCAGACAUCAAAGAUCGAUGCGCUUUUUGCUCCUGAUUUUAAUCAAUCAGUGAGUAGUGACGAGGCUACACAGUACCUUGAGAGUGAAACGGCCCCAAUUACUCCACGGACAUUCUGGAAAGAGCAUGAACACAAAUUUCCAGCUCUUGCAAACAUGGCACGUGAUAUACUCUCAAUACCUGCCACUGGCGCUGGUGUUGAGCGGCUUUUUAAUUCUGCUCGAGAUGUCUGCCAUUAUCGUCGAGGCUCACUUAAUUCUACGACAAUCCAAGAUCUAAUGCUAUUCAUGUGUACAUCAAGGUUUGAAGUGGAAGAAAAGGAACUUUCCCUUAUGAAACAAUAUCUUUCGAAUGAGGAACAGCAAGCACUUGAUGAAGAGAAAGAUGCUCAACAGCUUCAAGAUACUCUUGAGCCAAUCAGUGAUAAUGAAGAUGAUGGCCUGGAGAUUAGUAUAGACCAACCGGCUACUCAACAGCUAUCUAAGCGUGCUCAGGGCAAGAGACGAAUGAGUAUGGUGUCUAAUGGGGAGCAAGAGUACCAGGAACCUAUUUCAUCUGAUGAUGAAGCGGUUCUUCCUUUACCUGACACGCAACCACGUAUCUCAGGACGAAAUCGGAAGCGUACAAGGCGUGAAGAUGAUCAGUUCCUUCACUAUUAG